UGCAAUUUACCCCGUGGCAUUGUGGGUAGAGUUGCAGACGAUACUGGCUCGUUUCGGCGGGAUUACAUAUCGACAUCGCGUACUGUCGCUGAAAACGUCAUGGAGGCCCGUUUAUUGUGUAGCACAGGCAGGUUGACGGUCGUUGGAGUAGGAACAACAUCCGAAGCACACAACAGCUGUUUGUGCUAGUGAUUCAACAAUAACAACAUGCUGUGGCGAGGAGUUGCACUAGAGGAGGAUAGUGGGUGCUGAGGAAACAACGGCUGACAGUACAGAACCCGUGGAGAUUGUCCUGCGUGGAUUAUAAUACACAGCCUAGCGGGGAGGAGCAGUAUAGAGAGUGGGAUGUAUCCGCGGCAGCUACGGCGGAUGAUCAAACAGGGCCGCCUGCCUGGUAGAGCCCCCCAGGGAAGACGGGGCUCUAGCUCGGCCAGUUCCCGGUCCUCGUCAGGCUCCCGGACUUCGUCUCGUAUACCAAUUGCCAACCCGUCUUCCUCGUCUUUCACGGAAGAUGACCCGGGGAAUGCAGCCUCAAAGAACGGGGACAUUCCAAGGCAAGAUUACAAAAUCUACAAGCGGGCUGAGGGGAAGAGAAAACUCAAGCGACAGGACUCGAAGGAGUUCGACGAGGAAUCUCUGACCAGUCUCGACCUGGCCAAGAUGGAGGAACUCCCGGUACCCACCUCGGCCGAGGCCGUUGCUGAGGCCAUGCUGCGCCUGCGCAGCCUCGUCCUAAGACUAGAAAAAGAGGAAAUUUCUAAGGACGAUCUGAGGAAUAACCUCCAGUAUGCGGUCAAUGUACUGGAGGUUUUGAAAGUCGACCAGAACAGACAGCGUAGCCAUAAGGCUAACCAAUCUCCUCAGCCCAGGAAGACCACUUCGGCAUAUGUAUAUAGGUUUAACUAUCAAGGGGACGAGGAUGACCUCUCAGAGGUCGCGACCGAGGACGUCCCCGAACAGGUACGGCAUUGGCUGACGUCGACCUUUAGCCGGCAAUCGACGAGGUCACGCCUGGGCGAAGAGAAGCCGAAGUUCAGGAGCAUUGUCCAGGCGUUACGGACGGGUCUCUUCAUAGACAGAAUGUUCCGAAGGACGUCGGGCUUACUAGCCACUGCCUUCCCGCCAAAGGUUAUGGAACUGUUCAAGAACCUGGAUGAGUGGUCGUUUGACAUCUUCGCCUUGAACGAGGACAGCGAUGGGCAUGCGCUGAAAUGCACUGCUUAUGAAUUAUUCACGAGAUACGACCUCAUUGCAAAGUUCAAAAUUCCCGUACAGAACCUCAACUGCUUCCUGGAAGCGAUGGAGAAUGGCUACAGUAAGCAUGGCAACCCCUACCACAACCUGCUACACGCCGCUGACGUCACGCAAACUCUGCAUCACAUGCUGGUCAAAAUGGGACUCAUGCACUGGUUGACCGACAUCGAGAUAAUUGCAGCCCUUUUAGCAGCGAUCAUUCAUGACUUUGAGCACACGGGUACUACCAAUGCUUUUCACGUCAACACUUCGUCUGAAAUGGCAUUGUUGUACAACGACCGAGCUGUCUUGGAGAACCAUCACAUCAGUAGCUCCUUCAGAUUAAUGAAGGAAGACGAUAAAAACAUUCUCGUUAAUGUCAAUAAGGACGACUACACGGAGCUACGGAAUCUCAUCAUUGACAUGGUCCUAGCCACCGACAUGUCGUACCAUUUCCAGCAGCUCAAGCAAGUCAAAUCCAUGAUCGGCAUGGCCGACAGCAGUGCACUGGACAAACCUAAAGCCAUGGCCCUGACAUUACACUGCGCAGAUAUCAGCCACCCUGCCAAAGAGUGGAGUCUGCACCAUAAAUGGACAACACUGCUCAUGCACGAAUUCUUCAGACAGGGAGACAGAGAGAAAGAGCUUGGUGUUGCAUUUUCGCCGCUGUGUGAUCGCAAGUCCACCAUGAUUGCCGAGUCGCAAAUAGGCUUCAUAGACUUCAUCGUGGAGCCUAGCAUGAUCGUGUGCUGCGAUAUGAUAGACAGGGUACUCCAAGAACUGCCGUCCAGUGAACCCGAUGAGAGCAGUCUGAAGAGUAAGCGCAACUCCAUCCCGCUGGCGCGUCCCACCAGCACGCCCAGGACGAGUAGCGUGCCAUCGUAUCAGGGCCAACCGAACCGGCCGCCAUCGAGCCCCGGCAGGAUAAGUUUGACUAGGAAGCCCUCGAUCCCCAUGAAGGCCGUACGGAGCUGGUUAGAGCCACUGCAGUAUAAUAAGAACAGAUGGAAGGAGUACGCGGCCACAGAGGUCAAAGGUCAAUCCAGAUUGUCGAAUAUGUCCGAGGAGCACACGAGUGACAUAAGUAUUAAUGAUGUCUUCCCAAAUGACGAAAACAGGGACGCCAUUUCCAAAGACUCUGGCGAGGCCUCCUCACCGAGACGCAACUCGGGUCAGAGGUCAAUAGAAGGUCAAAAGUCACCGGAGGACCCGGCGAGGGCGUCCUCACCUGGUGGCGGCAGCGCCGGAUCGGACUCUAAUAAUUCCGGCGCGAGGGGGCGCACUUCCAAGGGCAUCCCAAGGAGGGUGCCUAGCAACGAGGGCGUGCGCCGCCUGCGACAGGGCGACUCUUCACCGUCAAAGCAGCCUACUGCAUGACGCUAGAAGCAGGAAUCGCCUAUGAAUGGACUUGUAAAAAAACAACACGAAAACUCUUGUAAAUAUGUGGUCGUGUGACGUCAGAUAAUUAUCCACAUCUGAUAAUGAUGAAUAUCUUUACCAAGCGGUUGUGGACGCUACACGAAUGCGUGCUAGAUUUGAGGAUUUCGCAGAAGGAUGCAUCUAUCGUGUGGCACAUAAGGAAUCGCUUGUGUCACAUCAGACGGUCAUCGGUGAUCAUGUCGACCAGCCUGUGAAAGUGAUACAGGCGUCAAGGAGCUAGACGAUUGGACCUUUCUUACAUAACCGGCCAAUCAGCGACGUGGGACGUAGCAUACGUGUACGAUCUACCUUAUAAAGUAAAUGCUAUAAAUCACUAACGUGACUUUGUUAGAAGUAUCUUUCCAUUUCAAUCACUGAAUUUUUUUGAACUAAUUAGUUUAGGCUUUUUUUCAUAGGCAUAAAUUAAAAUACAACUUCCCGGAUUUGUUUGAGACGUUUUCAAACACAAAGACGAUUUUAUGAAUUUAUUUUAAAAGUCAGAUAUAGCUAAUGUUUUGAAUGGUUUAGAGAUCGAGCUAUAUUUUUGUUUUAAUGAUAGAGGGAAUAUUAUUAGGAGCAAGUUGUAAUAUGCAAAGAAAAGUCAACCAUUGAAAUCUCGCGUGAAUGACAAGCAGGCUGGAGAUGGCAGCGGAUUUCACUGCAGUUUAUGUGCCUCAGAAAAUAGGAAUGUUUAAAUGAAGGGCUCACAUAUAGGGCAUAUCCAAUGCACACCAUAAAAUAAUGUGAUCGUUUUCAUGUCAUUGCUCAUCUGUUAGGAUAAAACACUCACAAAUGGUCGGCUCGGAGGUCCGUCUUGUUUCUAUAGUUGCAACAAUUAGAUACUCAGUACAAAACACCAUUUAUUUUUAAAGUUAUAUAUGAAGGGGUUUUACGAAAGGUUUCAAGCUAUUUUAUCAUUCUUUAUUUGUAACUUUACUUUCUGUAAAUAUUUAGAAAGCACCAAUUUAUAUGAACUCCAAGAUACUUGUACAGGUCAUGUUUUUAAGAAGAGAGCUGACUUAACUAUUACGUUUUGUAUUCCCCGGUUAGAGUUAAUUGUAUUCACUGAAGGUAAUACUAAGGUAAAGAUACAUCCUUCCUGGACUAUAACAUGUUAAAAAAAAAAUUAUAUGCAAACGGUAACAUACGUGAUGUUAGGCGUUUGUAACAACAUCUUAGCUAUGAACCUUUUAUGCAUGAUUAGGACCCAAGACCGACGUAGAGGUAGCUGCCAUGAAAUUUAGCCUAUGGGAGAGGAGCCCCCUCAAGAGGCCGAAAUGAGAGCGAACCAAUAUUGACCCAGUUUGUCAGAUAUCUCGAUGCAACGGCAGCAUGAGGCUGCACGCAUGCGCGGUUUCAUAAAGUUCCUUGUAUCUUCGAGUACGUUUUCCUGUUUAUAAGUCAUAAAUUAAAAAUAAUGGUAAAAUUUUGGAAACAUUUGAAAGAGAUAAUUCUAUACAUCAAAUUUUUUUUAGUGGUAACCCGUUUUUCUCGUCUUCCUGAAUUAUGGCAGGUUCUCGUCAUUGCUAAACGAGCCUUUCGUCAAAGAUUUGAGCUUCAACGUUAAUUUCAGAUCUCUCAGAAGCAAAUUAUACAGAAAAAAAAAUACCCUGCUAUCUCUGAUGAAAAUGAUUUGGAUUUUUGGAUUUUUUUUCUCCCCAAAUUGCAAUCUGUUUAUGAAGUAUACAAUUCUGUGCUGCAUUUUAUGGUAGUAGGUAUAUAAUUUCGUGGUAGCAGAUUGGGAUGUGCAAAGGAGGUACAUUCAUCGCGUGAUUGCAAAAUACAAAGCAAGUGCAAUUUUCAUCGUUGCCAUUGCAUUGCAUACGCAAUACGCAAUCCAAUUGCCAGCACACAUGAAACAAUGGACAUCUGUGCGAUCAAUUGAAAUGCUUGUGGGUGUGUGUAUUACGUUCAUUCAGGAUGGUUGGGCGCGCGAUAUGCGUUUCCUCCUCUUUAUUUCUCUUUGUAAACCAAAACGCAUCACGCUUGCUCCAAUUGUAAACAAACAAGAAAGUGCCGUUAUAACUUCAGUUAGAUUCUUCUGUGCUUGGUAAUUAUAUUAUUAUGUCGAAAACAUUACCUUUUUUAAAGUAUUUUCAUUUUACUUAAAUUCGUAAGAUAGUUCAAAUUUCAAACUCAAUACUUUUAGAAGUUAUGGGCUGAAUUCUACUGGAAAAUUAGGAACAUUUUCAUUCAAAGGGACCCUUGUUUGUGUGUGCAAAUGUCCGCGGUAUUCUUUCAGGCCGUACAUCGGUGAGAUGAUGAGUGCGCAUGCGUAGUGAAAAAAAAUUACUUAAUAGGGAUACUAACACAGCAUUUGUUUUUAACUAUUCGGAAAUUGCCCAGGAUAGCCCACGACUCGAAGUCUUUUGACUUAUUUUCAGUAGGGUCUCUUGGUAGAAUAUGUGGAAGGAAAUUACAGUUUUAGCGGUGGGAGGAAAGGCCCAGAAUGACAUUCUAGGGAAAACCCACGGAAUCAGGCAGGGACUAAAAACCCAAUUGGCCCAGGCGGGAUUCGAGCCCGGGUCACAGCGGUGGAAGGCGAGGAAAGCCCCGCUACCCCAACGUGAUCCAUAUGCGCAUGCGUAGGACAAACUCCACCGGUUGAGCACUACACCUGCGAAAAUAGCACAGAUAGCGAAAAUGAUUUACCACCCCCGGGUUCUACUUGUAUAUUUUAAUCAAAUUGUAGAAGAAAAAAAUGUAAACGGAAUAAAAUAGCAACUCCUUUUAUUGUAUUUGGAAUAGUUAUAUACCUAUAAAUCUAUAAACAAUUUAUUAACGAUGUUUAAUUACGUGAAGAGCAUAAAGUUAACGGAAGGGGGAAAUGA